AUGUCUGAGACAUCUUCAGUCAACUCUGGGUCCAGCCAGCGACUCUUGCAGCUGUCUCUGAAGGGGGAAUGGAUUGCGCUCGAGCAGACAAUCAAAGGGAUGGAAAAGGGAGACCCAGAACUAACGAUAAUCGAUGAGGUAAAAUGUUUGUUGUUGUUGUAAUUUAAUCUAAACAGUUUUUUUUUACCGGUUUAUUCGCUUGAUGUGCACCAGUAAGAUAUGUAAUGAAGGGUGGGACUUAAGUAAAAUCAAUAAAUACAUCAAAUUAGCCUAAUGUUAAUCAAAUAUAUUUGGACUAUUAAUUACAUAUAUAUAUAUAUAUAUAUAUAUAUAUAUAUAUAUAUAUAUAUAUAUUUGUUAUAGCCUACACAUAUUUCUGGGCUAUAAAGGAAGAUCUGAAUAUUAGUAUCUUAAAAACAGCAGAAUACAUUUAAAAAAAUAUAUAUAUAUAUAUAUAUAUAUGGUAAAACAAUUUUUCAAGCAUGUCAAAUAAUUGAUUAGAAUUAUGAAAUGUUGGUGGAUAGCUAUUUGAUACUAUUGAGUCAGCUAAUGAGAUAGAUAUGGUUGAUUCUUCUCUUUUCCAGGAGUCUGGCUUGAGUCUCCUGAUGAUUGCAGUGAGGGAGAACCGCCUAUUUGCAGUAGACAGACUACUGGAGUUAGGAGGCAGCACUAGUGAAAGGACAAAGGUAAGAACUUACUCAAACUGGAAAUGGUUAAUGAUGAUGAUGAUAAUGAUGAUGAGGAUGAUGAGGAUGGACUGAUCCAAGGGCAGCAGUCGGAUAGUUUCCAACUACUGUAAGCAUAUACUGUAACACCGUGAUAUAAUCAUUGUAAAAUUACAUUGCAGGAUUACUCCCAAGUCUAUUUUCAGGCUACAUAUUAAGAAACAACUAUGUAAGCAUGCACCACUAUUCUCAUUCUAACUGGACACGAGAGUAGUGCAGUGGACUAGUGGGUAAUAGCUCCCGAGUGGCGCAGCGGUCUAAGGCACUGCAUCUUAGUGCUUGAGGCGUCACUACAGACCCCCUGGUUGGAUUCCAGGCUGUAUCACAACCGGCCGUGAAUGGGAGUCCCAUAGGGCGGCGCACAAUUGGCCCAGCUUUGGCCGGUGUAGGCCGUCAUUGUAAAUAAGAAUUUGUUCCUAACUGACUUGCCUAGUUAAAUAAAGGUAAUAAUAAAUAGGGGUAGAUCAUAGGAAUAGAAUAGGUGGUAUUGCUAUUAGAACUCUUUCUAUGGGGUAGAUCAGGGUUGCUUCUGAGGUAAAGGUUGUUGGCAGAGGAGUGGGCGUACUGGCGGUGCUGACCUUUACGAUGGAGACACUCACUAGGCAUCUCUUCUGGUUUCUAUUCUAUUGCAUUUAUGACACAGCUGGGCACAGUGACUUUACUUUACCCUCCCUGCAAGUCAGAAUCAAAACAACACAAUGAUGAGAAUGACAAAACAAUCAUUUGGCAUACUGUAUCUCCCCGUGAAUAGCCAAAAUUCAACUUUUGGAAAACGUCACUUUUCACACAUUUCAUUUUUGUGGUGGAACAGGGAUAGUAGGAACCUACAAAAUGUGUGAUAUAAUAUCUGAAAGCUCCUUUAUUAAAUGGAUAACGCACACUGCCAUAAAGUGGUGACAUAACUAGACAGACUAAUCAUUUCAGUAGGUGUUUUCUCCCCACAUUCACUAUAAAAUGAAUUAUGUCAUAUGUGUACAGCAGCUGUUAUAGGCAGUUAAAAUCUAUGAAAUCAUGAGCAUUGAAGCAGAUUGAGCACAAAAGCAGUUGAAUAUCUCAAAAUACUGUAGGCCUACUGACAGUGGGUAUUGUUCCUUUAUUGGGUGAAAUUUUGAAAGCUUGUUUAGGAAAGUAGACUGCCCUUCCCACAGCGUCCACUUAUCUAAAGCUUUCAUUGUCCUGACAGGUAACUUCAUCAAAGCAUCCUGUUUAUUUUAUCCCACAAGACAGAAUGUUUAUUUUUUGCUGAUUACAUUUCCUGAUCCCUGAUUUGUCUGCUGUCUUGUCAACUCCUAUGGUAAACAGCACAGACAGAUUAGGGAUCAGGCUGAGUAAUCAGCAGAAAAAUCCAUUAUGUCUUGUGGGAAAAAGUAAACAGGAUGCUUUUACAUAAACAAAUAGAAAUCCUAUAUGGAUGGUGUUAAGAGAUAGAUGGGAGGUAUUGAAUAGAGUUGAAGGAUGGGACUAAUAACAAAUAACAACAAAUAAUAACAAAGAUAGCUAAUAAUGUAAGCAUACUGUGUCCAUAAUAAGUAUAUAGGUUGUAUGUUGGGAGCUUUUGGGAAAGAGCACAGUUAGAAAGAUAUGGCAUUUAGAAGCAAACCGGAUGGACAUCAUGAAAAUGAUCGGAGAGGUUGAGAGUAGAAGAGGUUCAGGAGCAAAAAAAUAAAUAAAUAUGUAUGUAUAUAUAUAUGUAUGUAUAUAUAUAUAUAUAUAUAUAUAUAUAUAUAUAUAUAGAAUUAUUGUAAAAUUAACUCUGUCCAUAAGGUGUAGAUAGUAAGUAUAGACCGGAAGUAGAGGCCUGGGCGUUGUUGUUCACUAAUUUACUCCAAGUAGGGAAAGGAUGGUGGGGUUGAAAAGUAAUAAAGGGGAAUAUAUAUAUAAAAAAUAAAAAUAAACAUGGGGGAUUGGAAGUGAUGCAGACAAUUACAUUGAUAGAAGAUACAAUCUAUCUGCAAUAUUAAGCUGAUCCAUCCCCCCGAAAAAAAUAAAAAAAUAAAAUAAAAAAAAUUAUUAGCUGUAGCUUACCAUAGGGAAAAAUAGGAAAUUAUGAAUCAUUAUAAAAAUGUCCUGUAUACAUCAUAGUCUCCAUUGUAAAAUCCCGGGCAUGUUUCUAUUUAGUAUGAGCUCAAGUGUUGUAUUUUCCAAUAAAUUUGCUCCUGGGUUCAGUUCAUUUCAUAUUUUUAUCUGAUGUGUAAUAGUUUAUGAUUGUAGUCUAUUGUUGCUGUUCUACCCUAAUGUUUCCACUCCAGCUCAAACCUACAAUCCAUGGAAACCCUUACUGACUUAUGACUUAUGGGGGAAUUUAAUGGCGUGCAAAUGCAAUCUCUCCACUCCAUGCACAAAACCCCCAGAAGUUUGGAUUUAAGCCUGUAGCAAUUUAUUUUCAGUAUAUCUAGUGAAGCCACAUAAAACAUUUAUCAUUGGUAGAUAUAUUAGUAGAUAUGUUCUGCUAUUGGAAUGCAAUACUUUGCUAUCAUUCUAUACUUUGCACAGUAAGCCUAGUCUGCAGCCAGCAAGGCUAGCCCAAAACAAAGAUGACAUUUUCUGUAGGACUGCAGGAUGACUUUAAUGCAACUUAUUUUUGUUCAUUUUUCACUUUUUAGAAAUGCUUAAUAUCUUGGCAUAAUGUAUUUGGCCAUGUAGCCCAAAAAGUUGAUGGUCCAAAUAGCAUCUGAGUCUAAUAUUUGCACAAUUGACUCAUCAUAUAUUUACCUAUCACAUUUAUCUUAAUGUGGUAUCUUACUUUGAACAGUUUCUCACAGCAGGAAAAUAAUCCUGCAGCAACAGGAAAUGUGAAUUAUGCAUUAUAAUUAAUGGACAUUUUUGUAGAGGUUGAUACAUUUUUGGCUAAGAUAAAUCAGGUCUAACUUUUUAAACUGGAAAUUACAAACUUUAGAAGUGUUUUGAAACCUUGAAUACUCUACAAUUUGCAUUACCUGCUGCACAGGAAAAUUAUCUCUGACAACAGAGUGAUCAAAUUAAGAUAGUACAUCUGUAAGCAGAGACGUGAUAUAUAGUUUGUCCUAAUCAGUCCAGUAAACACUGUGUGUGCUGAGACAUGAAUCCCUUGUCACUUGCAGUAGUGUGUGCAGAUGUGUACAGCCCACAGCCCUGUCUGGAAGGAUUUAGAGCUGUUGGUCUGAGACAAGAGAGCCAGAGCCGAGAACGUCUGAUCUGAGAGGGUUUCUCUUGGGGUUUGGCAGUCUCGUCCCACUGGGGUGGCAGAAUGCAACGUCUGACCAUGCCAACGUGUGUGUUUGUGUGUGUGUGUGUGUGUUUGUGUGUGUGUCUGUGUGUGUUUGUGUGUGUGUGUGUGUGUGUGUCUGUAUUUGUGUGUGCAUGCGUGUGUAUGAACAUGCCAACGUGUUCCCGCGCUGCGGUGCCUCUGGUAUACUGUGUAGCCAAUGGAUGUGGAGGAAACCAGAGAAGUUAUUAGCAGAGAGAGAGAGAGAGAGAGAGAGACGGACUACUUGCGUCAGUCGGAAUACGUAGACUCUGGAGAGCAGGAAUGUGAGGUUACAGACUCUUUAAUGACAGAAGGGCUGUCCCACAGUUGACUUUUUACGGUCUCUGUGUCACUUCCUAAAAUCUUUGUUUUUAUUCUGUCAUUUUUUGGCCAUUCUUUCUGUUAGUUCAAAGAUAGUUCUUAUCAAUUCUUGAGUCUUUCUGUCCUUUAUAUAGAAUAUUUAACUUCUUCCCAUUGCACUGGUGUGUAACAAAGAAUUGACUCCAUAUUAAUUAUGGUACUGGUGGAAAAUCAGUCAUGCUAUCAAUUUACUCCACACUGUUUGACAAGUUCCAAACAUACUUUAACAAUUUAUUAACCUUGCUACAAUAUGUAUUUAUUAAUGUGGAGCCAAGCAAUAUUUUUACUGGGUCUCUUCAGUUAGAGAGAGGAUUUCUUUUGUAGAUCAUCAUACAUACACUCUUAGAAUUAAUUUUUGCCAUCUAGAACCGAAAAGGGUCCUGCAGCUGUCCCCAUAGGAGAACCCUUUUUGGUUCCAGGUAGAACCCCUUUUGGUUCAAGGUAGAACCCCUUUGGAACCCAAAAAAGUUAUACCUAGAACCAAACAGGAUUCUACCCUGAACCAAAAAGGGUUAUCCUAUGGGAACAGCUGCAGGACUCUUUUGGAACCUUUUUUUCUAAGCGUGUACACAUAGCUAUCUGGUAAUGUACACAUAGCUAUCUGGUAAUGGUGGAAUUGGGUGAACCAUUGCUGUAUUUCAUACUGCUCCUCUUCUCCAAACCUCUCUCCUUCUUUUUGUUGGCAUUGCCUCAUUGGAGUCUUUUCCCACUCUGUAUGUAUUGGUAUUUGCUCUCAAACAAGGCUCUUGUUGCACCACCCCAAUAGAGCACUUGCAUUUCAGAUUUGGACAGAAGCAAAAAAAACUAUUUAUGUGAUCAUUUAAAAAAAUAAUGGGUGGCUUAUGGAAUAUCUCAUGGCCGGGUUGCAGACUGCCCUAAGUAUUUUCUCUGUGGUGUGCCUCAAUGUGAGGUUACAGACGUUAUACAUUACUCCACAAAGGAGCAUGGGUAAAAAAUGCUUCCCUCGUAGAAAAACUAUAAUCCCAGACUGAUGGAUUGGUGGCUGCAACCACAUCUGCACUCGUUUGAGCAACUCUGAAUCACAUUAUAGACUGAUUAUCAUACUUCUAUCAUACAUUAAGUCAGACUGCACAAUGGAAGGAUUUACUGAGACAUGGCAGGAUCUUAAAUGCAGUGCAAUUUGUAAAUUAGGGGUGUGUGUGUGUGUGUGUGUGUGUGUGUGUGUGUGUGUGUGUGCAGUCUGACCUAAUCAUCAAUCUGCAAUAACUAUAUUAUGCUGGGCCAGAAUUGACUAUGUUGUCUCUAUGUUUGUGUCCUAUAGGAUGGCAGGACUGCAUUGCAUGUAGCUGCAGCACACUCCAAGGAAGACAUUGUGAAGCUCCUGGCCAGAAAGGCAGAUGCUGACUCACUAGGAGGGGUAAGUUGUCUCUAGCCCCAGUGUAAGCCUCUCUGUAUUCUUUAUUCUAAAUUCUAUAUUGAAUACAUUUUAUUUUAUUCUAUUCUAUUCCUUUCUUCAUCUCACCCUUCUACCUUUACCUCUAAACCUAUUCCCCCAGACGUUGUGCUGAGGACAGCCCAGGGAGGAUAGCAUUCCUAAACAGGCCUGUGGUUUGGCUUAUUUGGCCCUUUUUUCUCCUCAGUGGUUACUGAAAACUGCUAUUAUUUGUGUGAGUUUUGGCCGAGCUGACCUGUUAUGACAUCCAGAGUCUGUCUAACGGACAGGAACCACUAUGGGCUUAGAGGACACAAAUGACAGCCUGCUACCUUCAAUAUGAUCAAGCUGUCUAGUGGGGUUUUGAUGACUAAUCUAUCGGGUGGUUUCUUAUAGCAAUGUCUGCCCAUACAAACAUCUGCAGGCAUUCAUAUUUUCUGUUAAGCAGAGGCCCAACUGUGCCAAGACUAUAGAGCAUGAAAAUAUGAUUUUACAUAAAGUGAUCUACAUGUGAAUUAUUUGGCUAAGAGAGAGAAAGAGAGACAGAAUAAGAAAGGAGAGAGAGAGAGAGAGAGAGAGAGAGAGAGAGAGAGAGAGAGAGAGAGAGAGGAGAGAGAGAGAGAGCAAGAGAAAGAGAGAGAGAGAAAGAGAAAGAGAGAGUGAGAGAGUGAAAGAGAGAGAGAGAGAGUGAGAGAGAGAGAGAGAGAGAGAGAGAGAGAGAGAGAGACAGACAGAGACAGAGAGAAAUAAAGAAAGAGAGAGGAAAAUGUGCUUGAGGUAAUCCCCAGAGGAAGAAAAGACCCAUGGUGGUUCUUGGCUCACAGCCAUCGUGCAGACCCAGAUUCCCAAGGGUGCUGUAGACCCAGAUUCCCAAGGGUGUUGUAGACCCAGAUUUCCAAGGGUGCUGACAAUCCUGGACUCUCUAAGGAAGCUAGUGGCGGGAAAAGUGCCGCCAAAAUAAUCAGCUGUUUCCCCAUAAUAGUAAUAUAAUAUAAUAUGCCAUUUAGCAGACGUUUUUAUCCAAAGCGACUUAUAGUCAUGUGUGCAUACAUUUUUACGCAUGGAAUACAGAAACUGUGUACCGAACUUAAUAAUCACCCAGUGUGAUCAAACAAAAAUGCCAAGAUGAUGAUGGUUAGAUAAAUAAUGAAUCAAGUGGACAAAAUGUGUUGGACUCAGACGCAUCUUUGACAUGGAUUUUGGCUACAUCACCAAAACAAAUUCCUAACCGUAUCGCAGGUUGACGUUUAUUGUCAUGAAUCUUGCCUUGGAGGCAGAACUGAGCAAAUUCCACUAGAUGGGCCAGCUGCAAAGUUAAAAUGGUCUAUAUUGUAAAAAGUCAUGAAAACAAAAAUGAGCUUUUUGGUCUUAAAUUAAGGUUAGGGUUAGGUUAGCAGUGUGGUUAAGGUUAGGGUUAAGGUUAGGGUUAGGCAUUAUGGUUAACAGUGUGGUUAGGGUUAGGGUUAGAUUUAAAAUCUGAUUUGAUGACUUUGUGGCUGUGCCAUCUAGUGACCACUCUGUAGAGCUGCCUCCAGAACAACGCUAACCUGCAACCAUAUCCCCCAUUCUGCCCUCUUCAUUAUACCAGCCCAAGGACCAGCUGCCUCUCCACUUUGCUGCCUCCCGAGCCACCCCAUCCCUCGGUACCAUCCAGACACUGCUAAAAUUCUCCAGCAAAGAGGCCCGGCUCGUACCAGACAAGGUAGGGUAUCUGCCACAUGAUACCGCAGUGGGACGCACUCUUCUCCUCCCUCUCAUCCAUCACUUCUCACCUCAUCCGUCAAUCAAAUGUAUUACUGUGUGGUCUCGAAUGACUGGAAUAACCAACUGUGCUGUAUAUAUAAGCUAAGCACAGGCUGUGUCCCAAGUGGGACUCUAUUCCCUAUAAAGUGCACUACCUUUGACCAGAGCCCUAUGGGCCCUGCCUAUGGGCCAUGGUCAAAAGCAGUGCACUAUAUAGGGAAUAGGGUGCCAUUUCGGAUGCACCCACUGACUUUCACAGUAUAUUAUCUUUACCCUGAGGAGAUUCUCUGGCUUUUGACUGUGCUGGGUUGCAGCUCACAGACAGUCAUUGUUUCCAUCUCUUUGUGUCUGUGUCCAGGAUGGCUGCAUUCCACUGCUCUUAGCUGUCGAAGCCGGGAAUGUUGGAAUCGUUAAGGAGCUCCUUGGAACUCUAUCUGAGCCUCAGCUUAGGGCUCAGAAAACAGUAAGAGCCAACUAAGGUGUCUGGGGUUACAUGGUUGCAAGGGCCCUGCAAAGUGUUUCAUUUAGGAAUAAGAGCUAUACUGUAGCUAUAGUAUUCAUAAUAAUAGCUACAUUAUGUUUAUUGACACAUAUUAAAGUAAAGGUUAAGGUUUUAAAACAGGUUAGAACCUCUGGAUAGGAAAUCUGUGUAGGUAAGAUUAAUGGACAGUUACAUAAAUCAAAAUUGGUUGACAAAAUUAUUUUGAUAUUAAGUUAUAAGAGUUGGCCCAAAAUGUACAACUAAUCAUGUACUUUACAACCAAUCAAAGUACAGAGGUGCGUUGGGUACACCCAAGCAACUAUAGCACUAUGUCACAUAACACCAGUCUAGUGUUUAUAACAUUAUGCCACAUGACACCAGUCUUUUGAUUCCCUCCCUCCCUUCAUGCUGUAAUGGCACUAUGAAACUACUCUCUGUGACAUAUUAAACCAUGACUUAGUACUACAGCCCAAAGUACCAACAUGUUUCCAAUUGUGGCUAGCCCUGUAAUAAGUCAUGGUGAAAAUGAGAUAAUAGGUUAACCGAGCACUUACAGAAAAAGCACUCAGUUUUAAAGGAAAAUAUGUGCAAAUAUCCCAAACCACUUUAUCAGGGUGUUUAAUAUGUUUCUAGUGUUUUUCUGUUUUUUAUCAUUUAUCAUUUGGGUGAUUUACUGACCCAUGUGUCUUCUGAGGCUCCACCUCCAGGGGUUUACAGGCUUGGUCUUUCUAUUUACAUGUGGUGUUUAUGACACAACGCACAAUGAUUGUAAUGUAAUUAUGUUCACUAUUAAAAUUGUGUGUUGUGGUGUCCACAUCGAUAGAUAGCCUGGUCCCAGAUGUCUUUGUGCUGUAUUGCCAACUCCUAUAUUAUUUGCCAUGACAACUACUGUAGGAGUUGGCAAUACAGCACAAAGAGAUCUGGGACCAGGCUACUGUAUAGAAACAUUGCAAAAAAGUGAGUCUGUGCAACAUUAUGUGUUUGAUACUGUACUUCAGGGGAGUGGAGAUGCAGCUCUCCAUGUCUGCUGCCGAAGGAAGGACUUGGAGAUGGCUAAAGUCCUCAUUGAGAACGGGGCCAAUGUAGACAUCCAGAAUGUGAGUAGGUAGUGUAUUAGGUUCCCCUUGCAAACAGGGAAACAAGACUAUCACAGGCAUGAGUAAUCAAACUUAACAUUCUGUUCUCUGCACUGCAUUCUGUUCUCGUAAACUUUCAUAGACAAGACAUUGGUAUGGAGACAGUAAAAACAUCUAGCACAGCUAUUGGGUGUGGUUAUUGUAGAGUUGUACAUCUGUUGUUUUGUGUCUGACAGGAGGAAGGGCAGACUCCUCUCCACAUAGCUGCCUGGGAGGGAGAUGAGCUGCUGCUGAAACUGUUCUACCAGAGCAAGGCCAACCCUAAUGUCACUGACAAGGUGGGGGAGGAAGGAAGGAAGGAAGCCCAUAGUAGAACAAAGUAUAACUGUAUAAUACAAAAAAAACUAUCUUCUGAAUCCCAUUGUUUCAGCCAUGUUUUAGACAGUUUUUUUCCGGACACUGAUUAGGCCUAGUCCUAAUCAAAAGCAUGCUUAAUGGAGAUUCUCCAUUGAAGUGCCUCUUAGUCCAAGACCAGGGUUAAUCUGUGUGUGACGAGUACUGAGUAUAUGAAGAGGCAGGACGCAGACACAGGAAUUAACAAGGUCAAGGUUUACUUAACAAUGAUCAAGAGAAAUAGCAAAGAUAGAGUAAACGACACGAAGCUAAACAAUCACACACAACAUCAUCCAGAACAGUCCAGGGCUAAAUAGGGGUGGUGAUGAGAUGAGGUACAGGUGCGCUGGAGGUGAUUAGGGUGCGUUGGGUUUCCAUUCCGGUGUUGCCGAGGUGGUGCGCUCAGACUGGUGGCUCAGUAGACCGGCGAAUCAGAGCGCCGGAGGGGAGCAACGGGAGGAGACGUGACAGUACCCGUGACAGAUCCCCAGGCUGGAAUACAGGGGCCUCACUGCGGUGGCGGUCGGCUUGGUCCUUCUGCCGACUAAUGGCCCUCUGGAGAUAGACAUGGGCGGCGUCCCAGACCUGUCCGGCCCUGUGGAACCACUCGUCAACAGCGGGCGCAUCGGUCUGGCUGGGUGUCCAAGGGGCCAGGGCCGGCUGGUACCCCAGGACGUACUGGAAGGGAGUGAGCCCCGUGGAGGAGUGAACGAGGGAGUUCUGAGCAUAUUCUGCCCAGGGAAGAAACCUUGCCCACUCACCCUGCUGGUCCUGACAGUGGCAACGAAGAAACUUCCCCAGCUCCUGGUUCACGCGCUCCACAUGCCCAUUUGACUGAGGCCUAUACCUGGAGGUGAGGCUGGCCGUGGCCCCGAUCUUAUCCAGGAAAGCCUUCCACGCUUGGGAGGUGAAUUGGGGGCCACGGUCCGAGACGAUGUCCUCCGGAAGUCCAUAAUGCCGGAAGACCUGUUGGAACAGGACCUCAGUGACCUGACUAUGGACAGGUGUGACCAAGGUCGGUGAGGCACUGAUAGAGGAACUAGUUUGCCUGCCGGGGCGUUCCGAGGUGUCUUUGUUUGGGCACAUACGGAGCAGGAGUUGACAUAGCGGGAGACAUCAGAAGCCAAGGUGGGCCACCAGUAUUUCUGGGCUAGAGAAUGCAGGGUGCGUGUAAUACCAGAGUGCCCUGCCGUAAGGGUGGUGUGCGCCCAGAUCAGCAGGCGGUCACGGACACUGGUGGGUACAUACAUGCGCCCCCAGAGGGGCAUUGGCAGGCGAAUGGGUCCUCCUGAGCCGCCAGGCGGAUGUCUUCGUCCACAUCCCAAACGACAGGUGCAACGAUGAGAGAAGAGGGCAGGAAAGGACCCCCCAGAUCUUUCCUUUCUCCGGUAUGGUGCAUCCUGGAGAGUUCGUCGGCCUUCACAUUCUGGGAUCCUGGGCGGUAGGACAGAAUGAAUUGGAAGCGAGUGAGAAAUUGGGCCCACCUGGCUUGACGAGAGUUCAUCCGUUUCGCUGCCCGUAUGUGCUCAAAAUUCCGGAGGUCAGUAAGAAUCCGGAAUGGAUGGACUGCGCCCUCCACCCAGUGUCUCCAUUCCUCCAGAGCUAGGACCACCGCUAACAGCUCCCUGUCUCUAACUCCAUAGUUCCUCUCUGCGGUGGUAAGCUUUUUAGAGAAAAAGGCACAGGGAUACAUUUUCUGUGGCUUACCGUGCCGCUGGAAGAGGACCGCACCUGUUGUGGAAAAUGUUGUCCUUAUACUAAUCAAAGAAUCAAAGUACUUCAGAGUUUUUGUAGAAUUAAGAUAGACUUUAUUACAAUUAGACAAAGCCGGGGUGAUUUGCAAAGCAUCCUCCCGUCUACCUCUCAGCUCUCCAUUUAUAUAGUAAUAUUCACAUACAUCCUAGCUUAAAGCCCCUCCCUCUUAGGUUCCCCCAUCAUUAUCUUCAGUUUCCCCCUCUCGACCGCUCCGCCCACUUCAUUAGUCUAUGAUAGCGGCUAAUUUGGACUUUUAUUCAGUUUAGAAUCAAUAGUAGUACCAUCAAUCAAGCCCUUAUCAUGCACAAAUAAUCAUGUUCAGUUUAAACUCAACUCUGGCUCCGCUCUCAGGACUUUGUUUUGAGGAGAGAGGCACAAGGCAACAGUCUGGUUUCAGUCUCUGAUAAGGUAGGACAGCCAUGGAUUAGGUAAGAGUGAGGAAUUUGACCCGAGGUCAGAUCCCCACUUCACACACACAUAAACCCAGCGAAAGGAACCAAUCAAGUUCCUGCACAGCAACAGAGAGUACCCAUGUCUAAUUUUGACUCCAUGUUCAUCAUGUCUGUAAUUAACUUUGUUUAUCUCAUAGUUUACAGAAAAAUGUUCAUCACACCCACGCCCUCCUCCAAUGCGUCCACCUCCAGGAUGAAAAGACAAGAAGGAUCUGGGUGUUUUAGAAUGGGGCGCUCUGGUGAACCUCUCCUUCAGCCUCUUGAAGGCAGUGUCAGCCUCAGGGUUCCAGGCCAACUUCUGAGGCCCACCCUUAAGGAGAGAGGUGAGAGGGGCGGCUAUGGAGCUGAAGGACCUGAUGAAACGCCGGUAGAACUUAGCGAAGCCCAGGAAGCUCUGUAGGCCCUUGAUGGUGGUGGGAACUGGCCAUGACCUGACGGCGUCAGUCUUCACUCCUUCCAUGAACACACCCUGAGGACUGAUCCGGGAUCCCAGGAAGGAGAUGGCCUGUUGGUGGAAUUCGCAUUUCUCCCCCUUCACCAACAGGCUGUGUUCCCGGAGGCGGAGUAGGACAGCUCGGACGUCCCUGAUGUGCUCCUUGAACGUAGCCGUGUAGAUAAGGAUAUCUUCGAUGUACACCACCACCUGUCUACUCAGCAUGUCCCGGAACACGUCAUUGACGAAGGACUGGAACACAGAAGGUGCGUUGGCGAGGCCGUAGGGCAUGACACAGUAUUCAUAGUGGCCUGAGGUAGUGCUGAAUGCCGUCUUCCACUCGUCUCCUUCCCAGAUUCGGAUCAGGUUGUAGGCACUCCUCAGGUCCAACUUGGUAAAGUACCGGGCCCCUCGUAGCUGCUCGAUGGCCGACGGAACCAGAGGGAGGGGGUACCGGUACUUGGUGGUGACAGCGUUCAGCCCCCUGUAGGCAAUGCAUGGUCUCGGUCCUCCGUCUUUUUGGGCCACGAAGAAGAAGCUGGCGGAGGCAGGAGAGGUAGAGUGUCUGAUGAACCACGUUUUCAGGGUCUCCGCCACAUACUUCUCCAUGGCCUCAGUCUCCGCCAUGGAAAGGGGGUAAAUGCGACUCUUCGGGGGGUGUUGUCCCUCCAGCAGGUCAAUGGCGCAGUCCCAGGGCCGGUGAGGAGGGAGACACAUAGCCUUUAAUGAAGACAAGACAUCGGAGAGAUCUGUGUACUCACGUGGAAUGUUGGACUGGAGGGUGGACUCCGGACUCUCCACUGACGUGGAACAACAAACCACCGGCAGGCAGGUCUUCUGGCAUGAGGUGGACCAGGCUGUGAUCCUCUUGGUGCUCCAAUUGAUGGUGGGGUUGUGUAGUCUGAGCCAGGGCAAUCCCAAGACGAUCCGGUGAAUGGGGUGACGUGACGAUGUGGAAUGACAGCUCCUCGUGGUGCUCCGGUAGUGUGGGAAUGGUGAUGGGGAGGGUGACGUGCGUAAUGGUGCCUGAUCCAAAGGGUUUAUUGUCCAGUGAGGUGAUGUGUAGCGGAGAUAGCAGUGGCACGGUGGGCAACCCCCAUUCAGAGACCAGCUCCCUAUCUAUAAGGUUCCCAGCUGAUCCGGAAUCUAUUAUUGCAGUAUAAAUGGAAGAUAAGGAAUAACCAGUCACUGUUAUGGGAACUAAAAACAAUGGUUUUGUGAUAGGAGCUGACGUAACACUCACGGAGCGGCAACGGGAGUCAUACCGCCUAGAUAGGGAGCCACCAGGAGAUCUGUGGUCCGUGGUGGGGGGUGCUGCCCACCUCCAUGGGUGAGGACUCGGAAGCAGUGCGGCUUCCAUAGCUCAGAUGGGGUGAGCAUCGAGGCUCCGAGAGGUGUUGGGAACGCCGUCUCUCUCUCAACAUGUCGUCAAGACGGAUGGAUGUGGUGAUGAGGGUAUCAAGGUCCAUCUCGUCGUCCCGUCAUGCGAGUUCCGUCUUGAUGUCCUCUCGUAAGCCUCUCCUGAAGGCCGUGCGCAGAGCACGGCCAAAAAGCUCAGAGCGUACUCGAACGCGGACCUCUCUCUCUGUUGUAGAUGGAGGAGACGCUCACCCCUGUCCUUUCCCUCCGUGGGAUGAUCAAACACUGCCCUGAACCGAGCGAGGAAGGUGGGGUAGAGAAGCGCCACUGCCUCCUCUCCUUCCCAGACUGCCGUGGCCCAAUCCAGCGCCUUUCCUUUAAGGAGCGAAAUCACCAACGCUAUCCUAGCUUGGUCAGAUGGAUAUGCCCCAGGCUGACGCACCAGAUAAAGUGAAACCUGUGGCAGGAAGCCGCUACAUUUAGUAGUUUUACCGUCAUAGCGCUCCGGUAGGGCGAGGGUUCCCACAGAAGUGGGUGAUAGCACGGGAACAGGUGGAUUGGGGGCACUCGCCGCUCCCUGAGGUGGAACGGGAGCGCUGGGCAGAUUUAGCAGAGUUUGGAGCACUUCCUGCAUGGUGGCGUUCAACUGGGCAAGCUGCUGCUGGUGCUGGUCGAGGCACUGGGAAACUCCUGCUGCAUCCAUUUUCGUUUGGUGUGUGAUUCUGUGACGAGUACUGAGUAUACGAAGACGCAGGAAUUAACAAGGUCAAGGUUUACUUAACAAUGAUCAAGAGAAAUAACAACGAUAGAGUAAACGACACGAAGCUAAACAAUCACACACAACAUCAUCCAGAACAGUCCAGGGCUAAAUAGGGGUGGUGAUGAGAUGAUGAGGUGCAGGUGCGCUGGAGGUGAUUAGGGUGCGCUGGGUUUCCAUUCCGGUGUUGCCGAGGUGGUGCGCUCAGACCGGUGGCUCAGUAGACGGAGGGGAGCAACGGGAGGAGACGUAACACUGUGUCUGGGAAACUGGCCCAAUUAUGUGUUGUAUUGUAGUCCACCAGUGAGUUUCAAUAGUUUUUUUGUCAUGUACACCUUCCCAUUAAUUGACCUCUGACCUCUAACCUCCAGAUGGACAGGUCACCUCUGCACAUCGCUGCAGAGCGAGGCCACACCAACGUGGUGGAGGUCCUCACAGAGAAGUUCAGGUCCAACGUGCUGGCCAGAACUAAGGUAGGCUACCACCACCACCACUACAUCUUAACAAGCCAUAUGUGCAGUAUGAUCUCAUAUGGAAUCAUGAUUAGGAUAAUACAGUAUAUGAGUCCCGUGGCUGUUGUUAGAUAUACAUUAAAUCUGUGUUUGGUUGGUACUGUGAUGGUGUCUGGCUAUAGAAGAUGUAGUAGUCAUUAGUUACUGUGAUGGUGUCUGGCUAUAGAAGCUGUAGUAGUCAUUAGUUACUGUGAUGGUGUCUGGCUAUAGAAGCUGUAGUAGUCAUUAGUUACUGUGAUGGUGUCUGGCUAUAGAAGCUGUAGUAGUCAUUAGUUACUGUGAUCCAGACAGAGGCUAAUGAUAGUUUUUUAUUUUUUUUAUUUAACCUUUAUUUAACCAGGUAAGCCAGUUGAGAACAGGUUCUCAUUUACAACUGCGACCUGGCCAAGAUAAAGCAAAGCAGUGCAAUAAAAACAACACAGAGUUACAUAUGGGGUAAAAAACAUAAAGUCAAAAAUACAACAGAAAAUAUAUAUACAGUGUGUGCAAAUGUAGCAAGUUAUGGAGGUAAGGCAAUAAAUAGGCUAUAGUGCAAAAUAAUUACAAUAGUAUUAACACUGGAAUGCUAGAUGUGCAAGAGAUUAUGUGCAAAUAGAGAUACUGGGGUGCAAAAGAGCAAAAUAAAUAACAAUAUAGGGAUGAGGUAGUUGGGUGGGCUAAUUUCAGAUGGGCUGUGUACAGGUGCAGUGAUCGGUAAGGUGCUCUGACAACUGAUGCUUAAAGUUAUUGAGGGAGAUAAGAGUCUCCAGCUUCAGAGAUUUUUGCAAUUCGUUCCAGUCAUUGGCAGCAGAGAACUGGAAGGAAUGGCGGCCAAAGGAGGAGUUGGCUUUGGGAAUGACCAGUGAGAUAUACCUGCUGGAGUGCAGACUACGGGUGGGUGCUGCUAUGGUGACCAAUGAGCUAAGAUAAGGCGGGGAUUUGCCUAGCAGUGAUUUAUAGAUGGCCUGGAGCCAGUGGGUUUGACGACGAACAUGUAGUGAGGACCAGCCAACAAGAGCGUACAGGUCACAGUGGUGGGUAGUGUAUGGGGCUUUGGAGACAAAACGGAUGGCACUGUGAUAGACUACAUCCAAUUUGCUGAGUAGAGUAUUGGAGGCUAUUUUGUAAAUGACAAUCGGUAGGAUAGUCAGUUUUACGAGGGCAUGUUUGGCAGCAUGAGUGAAGGAGGCUUUGUUGCGAAAUAGGAAGCCGAUUCUAGAUUUAACUUUGGAUUGGAGAUUCUUUAUGUGAGUCUGGAAGUUGAGUUUACAGUCUAACCAGACACCUAGGUGUUUGUAGUUGUCCACAUACUCUAGGUCAGACCCGUCGAGAGUGUUGAUUCUAGUCGGGUGGGCGGGUGCCAGCAGCGUUCGAUUGAAAAGCAUGCAUUUAGUUUUACUAGUGUUUAAGAGCAGUUGGAGGCUACUGAAGGAGUGUUGUAUGGCAUUGAAGCUCGUUUGGAGGUUUGUUAACACAGUGUCCAAUGAAGGGCCAGAUGUAUACAAAAUGGUGUCGUCUGCGUAGAGGUGGAUCUGAGAGUCACCAGCAGCAAGAGCGACAUCAUUGAUAUACACGGAGAAAAGUGUCGGACCAAAAAUUGAACCCUGUGGCACCCCCAUAGAGACUGCCAUAGGUCCAGACAACAGGCCCUCCGAUUUGACACACUGAACUCUAUCUGAGAAGUAGUUGGUGAACCAGGCGAGGCAGUCAUUUGAGAAACCAAGGCUAUUUAGUCUGCCAAUAAGAAUGCGGUGGUUGACAGAGUCGAAAGCCUUGGCCAGGUCGAUGAAGACGGCUGCACAGUACUGUCUAUUAUCAAUCGCGGUUAUAAUAUCGUUUAGGACCUUGAGCGUGGCUGAAGUGCACCCAUGACCAGCUCGGAAACCGGAUUGCAUAGCGGAGAAGGUACGGUGGUAUUCGAAAUGGUCGGUGAUCUGUUUGUUAACUUGGCUUUCAAAUACUUUCGAAAGGCAGGGCAGGAUGGAUAUAGGUCUGUAGCAGUUUGGAUCUAGAGUGUCACCCCCUUUGAAGAGGGGGAUGACCGCGGCAGCUUUCCAAUCUCUGGGGAUCUCAGACGUUAUGAAAGAGAGGUUGAACAGACUAGUAAUAGGGGUUGCGACAAUUUCGGCGGCUAGUUUUAGAAAGAAAGGGUCCAGAUUGUCUAGCCCAGCUGAUUUGUAGGGGUCCAGAUUUUGCAGCGCUUUCAAAACAUCAGCUGUCUGAAUUUGUGUGAAGGAGAAGCGGGGGGGGCAUGGGCAAGUUGCAGCGGAGGGUGCAGAGUUGGUGGCCGGGGUAGUGGUAGCCAGAUGGAAAGCAUGGACAGCUGUAGCAAAAUGCUUGUUGAAAUUCUCGAUUAUUGUAGAUUUAUCGGUGGUGAUAGUGUUUCCUAGUCUCAGUGCAGUGGGCAGCUGGGAGGAAGUGCUCUUAUUCUCCAUGGACUUUACAGUGUCCCUAAACUUUUUGGAGUUAGUGCUACAGGAUGCACAUUUCUGUUUGAAAAAGUUAGCCUUUGCUUUCCUGACUGCUUGUGUAUAUUGGUUCCUAACUUCCCUGAAAAGUUGCAUAUCGCGGGGGCUAUUUGAUGCUAAUGCUGUACGCCACAGGAUGUUUUUGUGCUGGUCAAGGGCAGUCAAGUCUGAGGAGAACCAGGGGCUAUAUCGGUUCUUAGUUCUGUAUUUUUUGAAUGGGGCAUGUUUAUUUAAGAUUGAGAGGAAAUUACUUUUAAGGAACAACCAGGCAUCCUCUACUGACGGAAUGAGAUCUAUAUCCAUCCAGGAUACCUGGGCCAGGUCAAUUAGGAAGGCCUGCUCGCUAAAGUGUUUUAGGGAGCGUUUGACAGUGAUGAGGGGUGGUCGUUUGACCGCGGACCCGUUACGGACACAGGCAAUAAGGUAGUGAUCGCUGAGAUCCUGGUUGAAGACAGCUGAGGUGUAUUUAGAGGGUAUGUUAGUCAGGAUGAUAUCUAUGAGGGUACCCAUGUUUACGGAUUUAGGGUUGUACCUGGUAGGUUCGUUGAUAAUUUGCGUGAGGUUGAGGGCAUCUAGUUUGGAUUGUAGGAUGGCUGGGAUAUUAAGCAUAUCCCAAUUUAGGUCACCAAGCAGUACGAACUCUGAGGAUAAAUGGGGGGCAAUCAAUUCACAUAUGGUGUCCAGGGCACAGCUGGGGGCUGAGGGGGGUCUGUAGCAAGCGGCAACAGUGAGAGACUUAUUUCUGGAAAGGUGGAUUUUUAGAAGUAGAAGCUCAAACUGUUUGGGCACAGACCUGGAUAGUAUGAUAGAGCUCUGCAGGCUAUCUCUACAGUAGAUUGCAACUCCACCCCCUUUGGCAGUUCUAUCUAGACGGAAAAUGUUAUAGUUGGGGAUGGAAAUUUCAGAAUUUUUGGUGGCCUUCCUGAGCCAGGAUUCAGACACUGCUAGAACAUCAGGGUUGGCGGAGUGUGAACUAAUCCUGCUCAGGGUUGGAUCCUAACUUGAGAUAUUGUCUUGCCACAUGUAACUCGAAUUUCCUUGCAAAUAUCUGGUUGACAUGAUUCAUGUGAAAUCAGUGGAAAACCAUCUCACGCUCCCUGACUUGUCGAUAUAAAAAUGAUCUUAGUUGAAAACCUACAAACUGUUGUAGAUUUCUGUGCAAUAUGUGCAAGAUUAAUGUAAGUCCAAGUUGGAAAUCCCAAGCAUUUGACCCUCAAACUUUAAAAAGAACACAUUUGUUUCCAUCUCUUUGUGUGACCUUCUAAAACCAGUGUGCAGUCUUCCAGAGACUGUAUAUAAAUAACAGUGUCUUCUCUUAGGAUGGCAGCACGCUGAUGCAUAUAGCCUCCCAGUGUGGACACCCAGAGACCGCCCUCACCUUCCUGAAGAAAGGGGUCCCACUCUACAUGCCCAAUAAGGUACAGGAAGUCCAGGUGUCCAGUGGGCACUUAAAAAAAAAAAGCAUAAAUCACUGGCCUGAAAUUUUAUUUGAAUAUCACCUCUUCAAAUGCACUGCAUUGUACAGAUACUGUAUGAGAAUAGCCAUAUAUUUAGAAUAUAUCAUUAUAUAUGUAUGAUCCUUUCUUACUAUGUUAUUUAAUGUAUCCUAUCAAAUGAACCCUACCUAUAAUUUAUGUAUCAUACUCUGGCAUCACACCCUCCACAGUCAGGUGCAGUGUGUCUCCAUGCUGCAGCCAAACGAGGUCACACGGCUGUAGUGAAGUCUCUUCUCCUGAAGGGGGCGCAUGUGGACACCACCACUAAAGACGGCCUGACGGCCCUACAUGUCGCAGUGCAGAACUGCAAGCCCCUCGUGGUGCAGAUGCUACUGGGCUUUGGGGCUCAGGUCCAACUCAAUGGAGGCAAGGUGAGACAUACGUAUGUCCUAGAAACAUAUACAAUCCAAAAUUGGUCAGUUUGUGCUGUAUAUAUCAUGAUGGUGGAAAGUAAUAGGCUUUUUGUAACACAGUAACUGCUAUUGUUGGCAUGUGCUGCUAACCUCUACACUCCCUCUGUCCUCACUCUGCCCCUGCAUGAAGGCCCGGGAGACCCCACUGCACAUUGCUGCCAGGGUGAAGGAGGGGGAAAAGGUGGCUGAGAUGCUGCUGAAGAGCGGAGCUGAUGUCAACGCAGAACAGGAGGUUAGAGCUUGUCUCUCCCUUCACUGUGGCCAGAGAUGAGUGGGUUUAUCAGAUCAGAGGGCUCAUCUGAAUCUGAAAGCAAGCUUCUCUGUCUGUGUCUCUCUCUCUCUCUCUCUCUCUCUCUCUCUCUCUCUCUCUCUCUCUCUCUCUCUCUCUCUCUCUCUCUCUCUCUCUCUCCCUGUCAGAAUGGGGAGACGGCGAUGCAUGUUGCUGCUCGCCACGGUGGACUGCAGAUGAUGAAAGCCCUGAUAGAGGAGGGAGGAGACCUCACCUGGAGAUCUAAGGUAAAGUAGAACCGCUUUUCUGUGUCUAACCAGUGUAACAAUGACACAUUGAGUCUAUUUCCCGCUUUCAGUAGUCUAAAACACCUCCUUUUUGUGGUCAUGUAUGUGUUUUGUCAUGUGGGUGUAUGUAUGUGCAUGCAUGCAUGUGUGUGUAUAUAUAUGUGUGUGUGUGUUUGUGUGUUUCUGUAUUCAUAGGCUGGAGAGAACCCUCUCCAUGUCGCUGUGCGCCACUGUCAUGCCCAUGUGGUGGAGGAUAUUCUCACCUAUCUGACCAGUGAGAGAAGCCGCGAGGAGGCCCAGUGCUGUGUGAGCCAGGUGAACAGGGUGAGAAUAACACACUCAUGAUAAUAAUCAUAAUUUAUGCCAUUACACAGACGCUUUUUAUCCAAAGAGACUUAUAGUCAUGCGUGAAUAAAUGUUCAUAUGGGUGGUCCCAGCAGGAUUAAAACCCGCAAUUCUGCCGUUGCAAGCGCCGCGCUCUACCGACUGAGACACACAGGACCAGAUGAUGGAACAGCGGUUCUAUUAUAGAAAUAUUAAUGUGAUCGUUGCUCUAUUAUAGAAAUGUUUUACCGGCAAGGAUUCCCUACCGUCUAGAUCUUAUUCUUAUUAUAGAAAUGCCAACAUAAACUAAUAAACACAAUUCUCUGUGUAUUUAAGGUUGAACAUUUUACAUUCCAUUUCCAUUUAGCAUUUUACAUUUCCAUUUCACAUGCAAUUUAGCCAACUCCUCUUUGUAUGCCACUUUACUUCUUGGUUUUGACGUACCAGUUUUCUUUUGUUCUGUGACUGCAGAAAGGGGAAACAUCGUUGCACUUAGCUGCUGAGCUGCAGAAGGAGAGCGUCCACAGAGAAGGAGAAGACGUACACAUUAUCAAGACUCUGAUGGAAUAUGACGCAGACAUCACUGCAGCAACCAGAGAGGUAUGGCACAAGGAACAGUCUGAUAUAGCUAUAGCAUUUUAUUAAUUAUUCUACAGUUAAUACUGUAGCGAAUGGCAGGGCAGGGAAGCAAACCUGGGUCGCUGGCGUGAAAGGCAAACACCCUAUGCAUCGUGCCAAUAGUGUUAAACAACUUGGUGGGAAUUGUAACAUGGAUCAUAUCAUGGAGGAUCGCUACAAUACAAUCCCCACAAAUGUUGCAUGUCAGAAGUCAAGUUUUCAAGAUAGAGCACUUUCAGUAUAGAGCAAAAACUGUGAUGGUGAUGGGUUUUGAGUGAACUAUCCCUUUAAGCAAUGCCGUACACUACAGCAGAUGGAGGUACAGUACAAUACGUUCUGUUUAGUAGCUGAACAGUAGUUAGCUGUUCUGGUGUAUGUUAUUGAGGUGUACAGGUACAUGUGUGUCUCACUGUUGUUUCUCCCUGCUCUUGGCUGUUCCUGUAGUCCUGUGAGACUCCCUUUCACUACUGUGCCAGAGUGGGCAACACUGACGUCCUACAAGAGAUGCUCAACAGUGUUCCCUCCGGUCGCCUGCAGAUGGCAGUCAACAAGCACUCCAAGGUACUGAUGGAAUUACGUUACUUGGGUGUUACUGCAGGGGUUUCUCAUGACAUUUAAAUAUUGUUUUACUGCUGUAAAAUAACUGGUACUGCUGUUAAAUGGGUAUUUUGCGGGUGAGUAUAAUUCUGAAGUGGCAUGAACUGCCUUCUGCGUUUUGGUUAUGUAGCGUUAUUGUUUUACUGAGAGGGCACUCUCUGUGGGCCCAUACAGAAUGGCUGGUCCCCGUUGUUAUUGGCUUCUGAGAGAGGUCACACGGAGGUUGUUAGAAUCCUGCUGCAGAACCACGCCAGGGUGGACGUCUUUGAUGAGGUGAGGGCCCUGGAAUGUUUCAGACUUUUCCAUUGGCUAAUUCAAUAUACUGUACCACAACUUAACUCUGUCUCUUAAACUCUGCCACUGCCUGCUGAGCUGUAAAACUUUCAUUUUGCUGAGUCACUGCAAUGUGGUCAUCAUGACUCAAGCAGGAUCAAAGCCAAGGAACAUAUGACAUCGUUGUGUCUGUGCUGCGUGCCCUAAUGAACACAACCCUGAUGUAUCCAACCAAAACAAGCGUUUGUUAUUGGACAAGUUUACGUAGUCCCUCCCUGUUUCGGUUUCUUCCGUUUGGCACCUAAUGAACACAACCCUGAUGUAUCCAACCAAAACUAGCGUUUGUUAUUGGACAAGUUCACGUAGUCCCUCCCUGUUUCGGUUUCUUCCGUUUGGCACCUAAUGAACACAACUCUGAUGUAUCCUACAGGACGGCGAGGCAGCUCUCCACUUGGCGGCGAAGCGGGGCCACGAGGACAUCGCUGACAUUCUGCUGUCCCAUAAGGCCUUUGUGAAUGCCAAGACCAAGCUGGGCCUCACUCCACUACACCUGGGGGCCCAGAACGGCUCUGCCAGCCUGGUCAGACUACUGGUGGAGACACACCUGGCCAGCAUCGACGCUCUCUCCCUGGUCAGUGAGCUGAGCAAUGACCCCUCAACUAUGGAGGUCUUGAGAACAUGUCCCUUCUCAUAGGAAAUCAGUCCAAAAAGAGUACAUUUGGUUAUUAUUGGGGUAGAUGUCAUAUAUAUUCUCGUAGGCAUCUGUGUGUAACCUUGUUUAACCUGAUCUCACAAGCUCACAUUCUGUUCUAUUAUAUUGAAGUGAAACAAAACCUGAGUGUUAUGGUUAGUCGAGUUUCACAAGGCUAAUCUGUGUGCUCAGGGGAAAUAAAGUUAGAAUCGAACACCUAGCAAAGUCUCUUGCCAUAUCUUCCUCUUUCUUAAGAACCAUUUUUAUUUGUCCACUCCUGAUCCAAAAAGAGAAAUAAGGUGUUCUGAACCUCUGUGUGUGUUUGACCCCCAGAGUAAGCAGACUCCUCUCCACCUAGCUGCCAUCAGUGGACAGCUGGACGUGUGCAGCAGCCUGCUCCACCUCAGAGCAGACAUCACUGCCACAGACAUAGUGAGUCUGUUUCUCUGUCUGACACUGCCUUUGUCUGUGUGUGGCUGUCUGUGCCUAUUUAAAUGUUGUCUGUGUGUAACCGGUGUGAAAUGGCUAGCUAGUUAGCGGUGCGCACUAGUAGCGUUUCAAUCGGUGACGUCACUCGCUCUGAGACCUUGAAGUAGUUGUUUCCCUUGCUCUGCAAGGGCCGCGGCUUUUGUGGAGCGAUGGGUUACGGUGCUUCGAGGGUGACUGUUGUCGAUGUGUGCAGAGGGUCCCUGGUUCAAGCCCAGGUAGGGGCGAGGAGAGGGACGGAAGCAACACUGUUACAUGUGCUAAAUAAACAAAUGAAUAUGUAAAUCUUUCCUGAAGGACAUUUCUGCUAUAGUCAUAGCUUCAACAAUCUCAUUUUACAUAUCAAGUCCUGGUCUAAUUUCUUCAUUAUUUUACCUGAGCCCUUCCUAUCAGCAGAGGCCAGAUGCCCCCCUGGUUGCAUUUAACUAUCAUUCAUUCAUCUAUCCUAGCAGACGCGCUUAUCCAGAGCAUCUUACAGGAGCAACUAGGGUCAAGUGCCUUACUCAAGGGCACAUUGACAGAUUUGUCACCUAGUCGGCUCUGGGAUUCAAACCAGCGGCCUUUUGGUUAUUGGCCCAACGCUCUUAACCACUAGGCUACCUGCCGCCUAUCCCUCCAUCCCUACAUCCAUUCACUGAUGAAUUCAGUCAGUCAUCCAUCCAUCCAUCCUUCCAUUCAUUCAUGUCUCUCUUGUCCCUAGCACGGCCAGACACCCCUCCACCUGGCUGCAGAGAACGACCACUCUGAGGUGGUCAAGCUGUUCCUGAAGCACCGUCCAGAGCUAGCCACCCUGGCCAAUGUGGAGGGGGCCACCUGCACCCACAUCGCUGCAGCCAAGGGCAGCCUGGCUGUCAUCAGGGAGCUGCUCAAGUUCAACCAGGGGGGAGUGACCACGCUGAGCAACAAGGUCAGAGGUCAGGGGUUAGGAGUCACGAGGAGUCAGGAAGUAGUGUUUCUCUGUGCUUGGCUGAAAAUGUAACAUGGAAACAGAACAAUAGAGAAUUACAAGGUAAUAGAAUAACACAAUAAUUCCACAACAAGGUCAGAGGGCAGGAGGGUUGUGAUAGUAGUGCUGCUCUGUCCUUGUCUGAAAUGGAACAUAUUACUGUAAAAAUGUUUGAAUUAUAAUAUGAAUGGCCUGGCUGGCCAUAGAAAGGGAAGGAAAGUGACAGAGGAAAUAUUAUCUUAUGGAUGCGCAAUGAAUCGGCUGAAAAGAUUUUGCAUGGGCCCUUGGAUCCUCAAAAAGUUACACAGCUGCACCAUCGAGAGCAUCUUGACUGGCUGCAUCACCGCUUGGUAUGGCAACUGCACCGCCCUCAAGCGCAAAGCGCUACAGAGGGUGGUGCGGACGGCCCAGUACAUCACUGGGACCAAGCUCCCUGUCAUCCAGGACCUCUAUACCAGGCAGUGUCAGAGGAAGACCCAAAAAAUUGCCAAAGACUCCAGCCACCCAAGCCAUAGACUGCUCCGAGACAGCUUCUACCCUCAUGCCAAAAGACUGCUAGAUAGCCAUAAGACUGCUAAAUAGUUCAAUAAAUGGUUACCCGGACUAUCUGCAUUGACCCUAUCUUGCGCUGACUCUAUGCACACUCACAAUGCUAUAUACACUACACUGACACGCUCACACAAACCCCCCCCCCCCCCACACACACACACAUACACACAACACAUACACACACAUAACACACAUACAUAUAACACACAUACACGCACACACAUACACACUCAUCAUAUGCUCUUGCUACUCUGUUCUUUAUUUUACUCUUAUUAUUAUCUAUCCUGAUGCAUAGUCACUUUACCCUGCCUUCAUGUACAUACAGUGGGGAGAACAAGUAUUUGAUACACUGCCGAUUUUGCAGGUUUUCCUACUUACAAAGCAUGUAGAGGUCUGUAAUUUUUAUCAUAGGUACACUUCAACUGUGAGAGACGGAAUCUAAAACAGAAAUCCAGAAAAUCACAUUGUAUGAUUUUUAAGUAAUUAAUUUGCAUUUUAUUGCAUGACAUAAGUAUUUGAUACAUCAGAAAAGCAGAACUUAAUAUUUGGUACAGAAACCUUUGUUUGCAAUUACAGAGAUUAUACGUUUCCUGUAGGUCUUGACCAGGUUUGCACACACUGCAGAAGGGAUUUUGGCCCACUCCUCCAUACAGAACUUCUCCAGAUCCUUCAGGUUUCGGGGCUGUCGCUGGGCAAUACGGACUUUCAGCUCCCUCCAAAUAUUUUCUAUUGGGUUCAGGUCUGGAGACUGGCUAGGCCACUCCAGGACCUUGAGAUGCUUCUUACGGAGCCACUCCUUAGUUACCCUGGCUGUGUGUUUCGGGUCGUUGUCAUGCUGGAAGACCCAGCCACGACCCAUCUUCAAUGCUCUUACUGAGGGAAGGAGGUUGUUGGCCAAGAUCUCGCAAUACAUGGCCCCAUCCAUCCUCCCCUCAAUACGGUGCAGUCGUCCUGUCCCCUUUGCAGAAAAGUAUCCCCAAAGAAUGAUGUUUCCACCUCCAUGCUUCACAGUUGGGAUGGUGUUCUUGGGGUUGUACUAAUCCUUCUUCUUCCUCCAAACACGGUGAGUGGAGUUUAGACCAAAAAGCUAUAUUUUUGUCUCAUCAGACCACAUGACCUUCUCCCAUUCCUCCUCUGGAUCAUCCAUAUGGUCAUUGGCAAACUUCAGACGGGCCUGGACAUGCGCUGGCUUGAACAGGGGAUCCUUGCGUGCGCUGCAGGAUUUUAAUCAAUGACGGCGUAGUGUGUUACUAAUGGUUUUCUUUGAGACUGUGGUCCCAGCUCUCUUCAGGUCAUUGACCAGGUCCUGCCGUGUAGUUCUGGUUUGAUCCCUCACCUUCCUCAUGAUCAUUGAUGCCCCACGAGGUGAGAUCUUGCAUGGAGCCCCAGACCGAGGGUGAUUGACCGUCAUCUUGAACUUCUUCCAUUUUCUAAUAAUUGCGCCAACAGUUGUUGCCUUCUCACCAAGCUGCUUGCCUAUUGUCCUGUAGCCCAUCCCAGCCUUGUGCAGGUCUACAAUUUUAUCCCUGAUGUCCUUACACAGCUCUCUGGUCUUGGCCAUUGUGGAGAGGUUGGAGUCUGUUUGAUUGAGUGUGUGGACAUGUGUCUUUUAUACAGGUAACGAGUUCAAACAGGUGCAGUUAACAUUUACAUUUUAGUCAUUUAGCAGACGCUCUUAUCCAGAGCGACUUACAGUUAGUGAAUACAUGUUUUUUUUUUUUUUUUUUUUUUUUUUUUCAUACUGGCCCCCGUGGGAAUCGAACCCACAACCCUGACGUUGCAAACGCCAUGCUCUACCAACUGAGCUACAUCCCUGCCGGCCAUUCCCUCCCCUACCCUGGUGUAUACAGGUAAUGAGUGGAGAACAGGAGGGCUUCUUAAAGAAAAACUAACAGGUCUAUGAGAGCCGGAAUUCUUACUGGUUGGUAGGUGAUCAAAUACUUAUGUCAUGCAAUAAAAUGCAAAUUAAUUACUUAAAAAUCAUACAAUGUGAUUUUCUGGAUUUUUGUUAAUUACAGACCUCUACAUGCUUUGUAAGUAGGAAAACCUGCAAAAUCGGCAGUGUAUCAAAUACUUGUUCUCCCCACUGUAUCUACCUCAAAUACCUUAUUAUUAUCUAUCCUGAUGCCUAGUCACUUUACCCUGCCUUCAUGUACAUAUCUACCUCAAAUACCUUAUUAUUAUCUAUCCUGAUGCCUAGUCAUUUUACCCUGCCUUCAUAUACAUAUCUACCUCAAAUACCUUAUUAUUAUCUAUCCUGAUGCCUAGUCACUUUACCCUGCCUUCAUAUACAUAUGUACCUCAAAUACCUUAUUAUUAUCUAUCCUGAUGCCUAGUCACUUUACCCUGCCUUCAUGUACAUAUCUACCUCAAAUACCUUAUUAUUAUCUAUCCUGAUGCCUAGUCACUUUACCCUGCCUUCAUGUACAUAUCUACCUCAAAUACCGCGUACCCCUGCACAUUGAUCUGGUACUGGUACUCCCUGUAUAUACAGUUGAAGUCGGAAGUUUACAUACACAGGUUGGAGUCAUUAAAACUCGUUUUUCAACCACUCCACAAAUUAGCAUGACACAAGUAAUUUUUCUAACAAUUGUUUACAGACAGAUUAUUUCACUUAGAAUUUACUGUAUCACAAUUCCAGUGGGUCAGAAGUUUACAUACACUAAGUUGACUGUGCCUUUAAACAGCUUGGAAAAUUCCAGAAAAUUAUGUCAUGGCUUUAGAAGCUUCUGAUAGGCUAAUUGACAUAAUUUGAGUCAAUUGGAGGUGUACUUGUGGAUGUAUUUCAAGGCCUACCUUCAGACUCAGUACCUCUUUGCUUGACAUCAUGGGAAAAUCAAAAGAAAUCAGCCACGACCUGAUCCUUGGGAGCAAUUUCCAAAUGCCUGAAGGUACCAUGUUCAUCUGUACAAACAAUAAUACGCAAGUAUAAACACCAUGGGACCACGCAGCCUUCAUACGGCUCAGGAAGGAGACGCGUUCUGUCUCCUAGAGUUCAACGUACUUUGGUGUGAAAAGUGCAAAUCAAUCCCAGAACAACAGCAAAGGACCUUGUGAAGAUGCUGGAGGAAACAGGUACAAAAGUAUCUAUAUCCACAGUAAAACGAGUCCUAUAUCAACAUAACCUGAAAGGCCGCUCAGCAAGGAAGAAGCCACUGCUCCAAAACCGCCAUAAAAAAGCCAGACUACGGUUUGCAACUGCACAUGGGGACAAAGAUCGUACUUUUUGGAGAAACGUCCUCUGGUCUGAUGAAACAAAAAUAGAACUGUUUGGCCAUAAUGACCAUUGUUAUAUUUGGAGAAAAAAGGGGGACGCUUGCAAGCCGAAGAACACCAUCCCAACCAUGAAGCACGGGGGUGGCAGCAUCAUGCUGUGGGUGUGUUUUGCUGCAGGAGGGACUGGUGCACUUCACAAAACAGAUGGCAUCAUGAGGAAGGAAAAUUAUGUGGAUAUAUUGAAGCAACAUCUCAAGACAUCAGUCAGGAAGUUAAAGCUUGGUCGCAAAUGGGUCUUCCAAAUGGACAAGGACCCCAAGCAUAUUUCCAAAGUUGUGGCAAAAUGGCUUAAGGACAUCAAAGUCAAGGUAUUGGAGUGGCCAUCAGAAAGCCCUGACCUCAACCCUAUAGAACAUUUGUGGGCAGAACUGAAAAAGCGUGUGCGAGCAAGGAGGCCUACAAACCUGAUUCAGUUACACCAGCUCUGUCAGGAGGAAUUUGUGGAAAGGCUACAAAUUUGUGGAAGGCUACCCUAAACGUUUGACCCAAGUUAAACAAUUUAAAGGCAAUGCUACCAAAUACUAAUUGAGCGUAUGUAAACUUCUGACCCACUGGGAAUGUGAUGAAAGAAAUAAAAGCUGAAAUAAAUCAUUCUCUCUACUAUUAUUCUGACAUUUCACAUUCUUAAAAUAAAGUGGUGAUCCUAACUGACCUAAAACAGGGAAUUUUUACUAGGAUUAAAUGUCAGGAAUUGUGAAAACUGAGUUGAACUGUUUUUGGCUAAGGUGUAUGUAAACUUCCGACUUCAACUGUAGCUCUAUUCUUGUGUAUUUUAUUCCUCUUGUGUUACUAUGUAUAUGUUUCAAAUUUUUAAAACUCUGCAUUGUUGGGGAGGGCUCGUAAGUAAGCAUUUCACAGUAAAGUCUACACCUGUUGUAUUCGGCGCAUGUGACAAAUACAAUUUGAUAUAAUUUUCGAAGGGAUAAGGGGUGAUUGAGAAGCUUAGUCACCAGCUUGAAUGUUUGAUCCAUUCUGUCCACUCUCCUUCAUCCCCAGACCAACGGCUCCUGUCCUCUGCACCUGGCGUCUGCUGGGGGACACGCCGAGGUGGUGAAGGUCCUCCUGGAGGCUGGGGCGUCUGUAGCUGAAGAGGACGCAGUGAGUGAUGGAGAGAAUCCACAACCUCACCUGGGGGGGACUGACGUCAAACUGACCAAAGACUGACCGCAGACUGACCAGAAAUGAUGCACUGUUACUGACUGUAGCUACAGUUAUUCAAUUCAGUUUUAGGGUGUCAUCCAAAACCCAGUCUACAGUAAAUAAUAGCUCAGCAAAGAUCAGUUCAUUCAAAAGUAGCUCAGAACAAUUCAUUCAAAAGCUCAUUAAACUUUUUCAUCUUCCCAGGAAGGGAUGACAGCCAUUCACUUGGCAGCCAGGAACGGUCACACACACAUCCUGGACGUGCUGAAGGGAAGCAUAUCCUUUAAGGUCACCAGCUCCAAGGUAUCUGUCCCUUCUCUUAAAACUUGAAAAUGUUAACUACAGUAGGAUUGCUUAUAUAGUAGAUACAUUUCCUUAUUUAUGUUGAUUUGAUGUAUGUGUGUACCUAUGAUCCCAGACAGGGUUGACUGCGUUGCAUGUAGCAGCCCGUUUUGGUCAGGUGGACUUUGUCAGAGAGAUCCUUACUAAGGUGCCAGCCACCAUGCGCAGUGACACCCCAAACAGCAACAGUAGGGAGGGAAUACCAGUGCACCAGCCCCCUUUAGAGGUAGGUAACGGUAUAGUGCCAACCCCACAACUCACUUAUGACCAGAGAAUCAACCUUGUCUUCCCCCAUGAAUGAAAGAGUGUGUGUGUACUCCAGUCAGGAUACACUCCCCUGCACCUGGCUGCCCAGUCUGGCCAUGAGAGUGUGGUGAGACUGCUGCUCAACUCCCCUGGUGUACAGGCAGACAAGGAGACAGACAUACAGGUAAGCUCUUUUCGUGUGUGUCUGUCUGUCUCUGUCUGUGUGCGUGCGUGUGUAAAUGAAUAUGUGUGCAUAUAGCAAUGUGCAUGCUCCGCCCACUUGAGGAUCUGUCUUUUUCAGCCAUCUAUUUCCUGUGUUUGAGGGGUGCAAAAUCCAGUAACCUUUUACUGCAGUGGGCUAAAUCAGGAUCACACAGUGUUUCUUGGUAGUCUUAAACAAAUCUACUUUGAAACAAAAGUAGACACCUGUACCAUGUCAGAUAUAGAGUUGAAAUGUAUAAAACUUCUAGUUUGCAUCCCAAUAUUACACUUUAUAUAAAUCACAGAAAACUGAAAUAUAACGAAACCGUUUGUGACAUAGAAACACCGGAUUUUCAGCGAAAAAUUUAAAAAAGUUUGGUAAUUCAGAAAUUAUGAAAAAUAUUAAUAACAUUCCACCCAUGAGGCCACUAGAGGGCGAUUUGGUCAUUUGACUGUGAGACUGUUGACUGUUUUCCUUUUACUCCUUUCACUCUUUCAUACUCUUGCUUGUGCCUGUCGUUUUUUCCCGUUAAUGUUACGACCGCAGAAAUGUUUAAUGACUUGUGAAACACACUCUGGUAAUGGCUGAAAUGUGCUCACUGGAAUACAUUGUCUUUCCGUUGCAUCUAUAAGAAUGCUAAAGCUUCGUCUGGGAUUUAACGGAUCAUGUUGACACUUACAGUGGGGAGAACAAGUAUUUGAUACACUGCCGAUUUUGCAGGUUUUCCUACUUACAAAGCAUGUAGAGUUCUGUAAUUUUUAUCAUAGGUACACUUCAACUGUGAGAGACGGAAUCUAAAACAAAAAUCCAGAAAAUCACAUUGUAUGAUUUUUAAGUAAUUAAUUUGCAUUUUAUUGCAUGACAUAAGUAUUUGAUCACCUACCAACCAGUAAGAAUUCCGGCUCUCACAGACCUGUUAGUUUUUCUUUAAAAAGCCCUCCUGUUCUCCACUCAUUAACUGUAUUAACUGCACCUGUUUGAACUCGUUACCUGUAUAAAAGACACAUGUCCACACACUCAAUCAAACAGACUCCAACCUCUCCACAAUGGCCAAGACCAGAGAGCUGUGUAAGGACAUCAGGGAUAGAAUUGUAGACUUGCACAAGGCUGGGAUGGGCUACAGGAAAAUAGGCAAGCAGCUUGGUGAGAAGGCAACAACUGUUGGCGCAAUUAUUAGAAAAUGGAAGAAGUUCAAGAUGACGGUCAAUCAACCUCGGUCUGGGGCUCCAUGCAAGAUCUCACCUUGUGGGGCAUCAAUAAUCAUGAGGAAGGUGAGGGAUCAGCCCAGAACUACACGGAAGGACCUGGUCAAUGACCUGAAGAGAGCUGGGACCACAGUCUCAAAGAAAACCAUUAGUAACACACUACGCCGUCAUGGAUUAAAAUCCUGCAGCACACGCAAGGUCCCCCUGCUCAAGCCAGCGCAUGUCCAGGCCCGUCUGAAGUUUGCCAAUGACCAUCUGGAUGAUCCAGAGGAGGAAUGGGAGAAGGUCAUGUGGUCUGGUGAGGCAAAAAUAGAGCUUUUUGGUCUAAACUCCACUCGCCGUGUUUGGAGGAAGAAGAAGGAUGAGUACAACCCCAAGAACACCAUCCCAACCGUGAAGCAUGGAGGUGGAAACAUCAUUCUUUGGGGAUGCUUUUCUGCAAAGGGGACAGGACGACUGCACCGUAUUGAGGGGAGGAUGGAUGGGGCCAUGUAUUGCGAGAUCUUGGCCAACAACCUCCUUCCCUCAGUAAGAGCAUUGAAGAUGGGUCGUGGCUGGGUCUUCCAGCAUGACAACGACCCGAAACACACAGCCAGGGCAACUAAGGAGUGGCUCCGUAAGAAGCAUCUCAAGGUCCUGGAGUGGCCUAACCAGUCUCCAGAACUGAACCCAAUAGAAAAUCUUUGGAGGGAGCUGAAAGUCCGUAUUGCCCAGCGACAGCCACGAAACCUGAAGGCUCUGGAGAAGGUCUGUAUGGAGGAGUGGGCCAAAAUCCCUGCUGCAGUGUGUGCAAACCUGGUCAAGACCUACAGGAAACGUAUGAUCUCUGUAAUUGCAAACAAAGGUUUCUGUACCAAAUUUUAAGUUCUGCUUUUCUGAUGUAUCAAAUACUUAUGUCAUGCAAUUAAAUGCAAAUGAAUUACUUAAAAAUCGUACAAUGUGAAUUUCUGGAUUUUUGUUUUAGAUUCCGUCUCUCACAGUUGAAGUGUACCUAUGAUAAAAAUUACAGAACUCUACAUGCUUUGUAAGUAGGAAAACCUGCAAAAUCGGCAGUGUAUCAAAUACUUGUUCUCCCCACUGUACAUCACAAGAAAGAGAAGGAAAUAACUUUAUUUUGAUUGGUGUUCUUUUUUUGUGGAAUUGAAAAAAGUAAUCAUUUGAUACAGUUGAAAUGUUUACAAAUUAGAUGCACUAAAAUGAAAGCAACUUCCAAAAAUGAACACUUGGAUUAUAGUGAAAUUAUAUCUGAUCUCACAAAAAAUUUAAAGUAUGUUGAGAUAGGUGUAAUCUACAGCCAAGCGUGUUGAUUUUUAAUCUGAGGGUAUCCUGCUAUUGACACACUUGUUGAAUUAAACAACAACCGUAAUUAAUUAAUGAGUAAGUCUAGACAGCGCAGGUGAGUACAGGUAGACCUAGACAGAGCAAGUUUUGCAAAUGUAUUACAAAUAAGCAACUUAAAUAUCUUAUUUACAUACAGUUGAAGUCGGAAGUUUACAUACACUUAGGUUGGAGUCAUUAAAACUAGUUUGUCAACCAUUCCACAAAUGUCUUGUUAGAAGCUUCUGAUAGGCUAAUUGACAUAAUUUGAGUCAAUUGGAGGUGUACAUGUGGAUGUAUUUCAAGGCCUACCUUCUAACUCAGUGCCUCUUUGCUUGACAUCAUGGGAAAAUCAAAAGAAAUCAGCCAAGACCUCAGAAAAAAAAUUGUAGGCCUCCACAAGUCUGGUUCAUCCUUGGGAGCAAUUUCCAAAUGCCUGAAGGUACCACGUUCAUCUGUACAAACAAUAAUAUGCAAGUAUAAACACCAUGGGACCACGCAGCUGUCAUACCGCUCAGGAAGGAGACGCUUUCUGUCUCCUAGAGAUGAACGUACUUUGGUGCGAAAAGUUCAAAUCAAUCCCAGAACAACAGCAAAGGACCAUGUGAAGAUGCUGGAGGAAACGGGUACAAAAGUAUCUACAGUAAAACGAGUCCUAUAUCGACAUAACCUGAAAUGCCGCUCAGCAAGGAAGAAGCCACAGACUACGGUUUGCAACUGCACAUGGGGACAAAGAUCAUACUUUUUGGAGAAAUGUCCUCUGGUCUGAUGAAACAAAAAUAGAACUGUUUGGCCAUAAUGACCAUCGUUAUGUUUGGAGGAAAAAGGGGGUACUUGCAAGCCGAAGAACACCAUCCCAACCGUGACGCACUCCCCAAAUACAGGUGUGCCAAGCUUGUAGCGUCAUACCCAAGAAGACUCAAGCCUGUAAUCGCUGCCAAAGAUGCUUCAUCAAAGUACUGAGUAAAGGGUCUGAAUACUUACACUACCGGUCAAAAGUUUUAGAACACCUACUCAUUCAAGGAAUUUUCUUUAUUUUUACUAUUUUCUACAUUGUAGAACAAUAGUGAAGACAUCACAACUAUGAAAUAACAUAUAUGGAAUCAUGUAGUAACCAAAAAAGUGUUAAACAAAUCAAAAUAUAUUUGAGAUUCUUCAAAUAGCCACCCUUUGCCUUGAUGACAGCUUUGCACACUCUUAGCAUUCUCUCAACUAGCUUCAUGAGGUAGUCACCUGGAAUGCAUUUCAAUUAACAGGUGUGCCUUGUUAAAAGUUAAUUUGUGGAAUUUCUUUCCUCCUUAAUGCGUUUGAGCCAAUCAGUUGUGUUGUGACAAGGUAACCUUGAAAGUUUCUUCAAGUGCAGUCGCAAAAACCAUCAAGCGCUAUGAUGAAACUGGCUCUCAUGAGGACCACCACAGGAAUGGAAGACCCAGAGUUACCUCUGCUGCAGAGGAUAAGUUCAUUAGAGUUACCAGCCUCAGAAAUUGCAGCCCAAAUAAAUGCUUCACAGAGUUCAAGUCACAGACACAUCUCAACAUCAACUGUGAAUCAGGCCUUCAUGGUCGAAUUGCUGCAAAGAAACCUCUACUGAUGGACAGCAAUAAUAAGAAGAGACUUGCUUGGGCCAAGAAACACGAGCCAUGGACGAUGGACCAGUGGAAAUGUGUCCUUUGGUCUGUAGUCCAAAUGGGAGAUUUUGGGUUCCAACCGCCGUGUAUUUGUGAGACGUGGUGUGGGUGAACGGAUGAUCUCCGCAUGUGUAUUUCCCACCGUAAAGCAUGGAGGAGGAAGUGUUAUGGUGUGGGGGUACUUUGCUGGUAACACUGUCUGUGAUUUGUUUAGAAUUCAAGGCACACUUAACCAGCAUGGCUACCACAGCAUUCUGCAGCGAUACGCCAUCCCAUCUGGUUUGGGCUUAGUGGGACUAUCAUUUGUUUUUCCAACAGGACAAUGACCCAACACACCUCCAGGCUAUGUAAGGGCUAUUUUACCAAGAAGGAGAGUGCUGCAUCAGAUGACCUGGCCUCCACAAUCACCCUACCUCAACCAAAUUGAGAUGGUUUGGGAUGAGUCGGACCGCAGAGUGAAGGAAAAGCAGCCAACAAGUGCUCAGCAUAUGUGGGAACUCCUUCAAAACUGUUAGAAAAGCAUUCCAGGUGAAGCUGGUUGAGAGAAUGCCAAGAGUGUGCAAAGCUGUCUUCAUGGCAAAGGGUGGCUAUUUGAAGAAUCUCAAGUAUAAAAUAUAUUUUGAUUUGUUUAACACUUUUUUGGUUACUACAUGAUUCCACAUGUGUUAUUUCAUAGUUUUGAUGUAUUCACUAUUAUUCUACAAUGUAAAAAAAAGAAAAAAAAACUUGAAUGAGUAGGUGUUCUAAAACUUCACCAGUAGUGUAUGUAAAUGUGAUAUUUCAGUUUUAAAUGUUUUAUAAAUUAGCAAAACAUUCAAAAAAAACGUUUUUGAUUUGUCAUUAUGAGGUAUUGUGUGUAGAUUGAGGGGGGAAAAACAAUUUAAUCCAUUUUAGAAUUAGGCUGUAACGUAACAAAAUUUGGAAAAAGUAAAGGUCUGAAUGCUUUCCAAAUGCACUGUACGUGAGUGUAUGCAUUUUGUGCAAGGGUUUAUGUGCAAAUGUUUGUGUGCAUGUGUGCGUUUUGCAAGCUUGUGUGUGUGUGUGGUUCUGUCAGACUGACCGUCCCCCUGUCCCCCCCCCUUCUCCUCAGGGCUCCACCCCCCUUCACCUGGCGGCCCAGAAUGGUCACAUGUCUGUGGUGGGGCUGCUGCUGAGCCGCUCCAGCUCUCUGCUGCACCUGAGGGACAAGCAGGGCCGCACCUGUCUACACCUGGCCUCCGCCAGCGGCCACGUGGCCAUGGUCAGAGUGCUGCUGGGCCAGGGGGCCGAGAUCAACCACACCGAAGAGGUGAGACUGACCUGGAGAUGGAGAGGUUAUGGGGAGAAUAUGUGGAUGUUAUGGAAACAUUAUGGGGAGAGGAUGUUAUGGGGAGCGUAUGAGGAUGUUAUAGGGAUGUUAUGGUGACAUGUUGACAAUAAUAAAAACUAUGCCAGAUCACACACUAAUUCCAUUGACACCUGACCCCCCAAUUCUAGAGUGGCUGGACCCCGCUCCACUACGCAGCCAAAGCAGGCUGUCUGGACAUGGUGCGGUUCCUGGUGGAGAGUGGGGCGUCGGCCAGUGUAGAGUGCCAGGGGGGACGAACCCCACUGCAGUACGCUGCCAGGGACAACCACCAGGGGACGGUUAGCUUCCUGCUACGACGAGACGAGAACAACAUACUGAGACUGCUGGAGGACAGGAAGGUUGGUGUUCUCUCUCUGUCUGUUUAUGUCUCUAUUUUCCCUCUAUUUUCUACUCCCUUACACGUUCUUUCUAGUCUAACCACAAGAUGGCAGCAAAGCACACAAUUUUAAACAACAGGCGCUGCCAGAACAUGUUUUUUAAUCGAUGUUGCCGAUGAGUACCUAGUUUGUGUUUGACCUGAUGGUGUGUGUUGUCCUUAGUUUGUGUUUGACCUGAUGGUGUGUGUUGUCUGUAGUUUGUGUUUGACCUGAUGGUGUGUGUUGUCCUUAGUUUGUGUUUGACCUGAUGGUGUGUGGGAAGCUGAACUCCAACACUACGCUGGAGGAGCUGGUUCUUCACUCCGCUGCUCCCCUGGACACGGCCGUGCGUCUGUCCCGAGCCCUGGGCCUGGCCGCCCUCAGGGAGAAGGAGCGUUACGUGGACCUCCAGGCGGCCGCCCACCACUGCGAGAGCCUGGCCUCCGACCUUCUCAGCAUGGCCUCGACCGGGGAGAGGGGGGCCGGCGCCGUACUCAGGGCGGUGGACCAUAGAGGGGCCAGCGUGCUGGACUGCCUGAUCGAGGGGAGUCAGAAGGGGGUGGUGGCCCACCCGGCUGUCCAGCAGUACCUGACGGAGGUGUGGUAUGGCAGUCUGCAGUGGGACUCCUGGAGGAUCCUGCUGCUGUUCUUUGGCCUGCUGCUCUGCCCUCUGCUGUGGCUGUUCCUCUCACUGCCUCUCAAACACAGGUACAGAGUAGACUUUCAUAGAUACAGGUUCAUAGCCUUUAUUAAUGGGAGCCCUUUUGAAGCUAACCCACUGGGCACACAACGUCAUUUCAACAUGGAAAUUUGGGUAAUAUUUGGUAGAGACAUUGAUCAAUGAGAUUUCAACCUUUAUUCACCAACUCAAAAAGUCAGCCAGACGUUUGUAGAAUUCCCAAUGGGUUAUCAUUAUGCUUUCAACCAUUUAAAAGCACAACCAAAUUCCAAUGGAAAAACAAUGUCAGAUUUUUGGUUUAGUUGUCAUCUAAACAUGUAAUCACUGCGCUUUCAACCAUUUUAAAAGCAAAACAAAGUUCAAAUGGGAAUACAAUGUCAGAUAUUUUCUAUUUAUACAACAGAUCAAUGUGUUAUCCCUGUACUUAAUCUAAUAGCACAACUAAAUGACCUGGAUGGCAGUUGAGAUAACAUUAAAAGUACAUGGUGCAAGUGAUCAAUGCUGUUCGAGAUUCUGCACAGAUAUUUAUAUUGUGAAGAUCUCCACUGACCUGCGACCUUUGCAUGCUAUCUUGAACAUGUACGCUUUCUAUGAUUACAUAAGAAAACAUUUAUAGUUACAGUAGGCUAACCUCAAAAUGUGGCCAUGGAUGUGUUACUCAUUUUAAGGUUGAAUAAAUACUGUUACAUUAGUUUGUAAGAUCGCCUUAACUUUAGGCUAUUUACUGUAUUACAAAAGGAAUAUUGAAUUGUGUUUGGUUGUCAACGCAACCAAAUAUCAACAUUUUAAAGGAUAAUGCUUGAAUAGUUUCAUCUGAGCCACUGGCUUAAUCCUGACUUAGUCUGGCUUUAAUUCCAGUUUGUCUACAACUGAAUAAUUUAUAUGUUGGAUUCAAGGCUCCAUCUCAACCAGACAUCUAAGUUAAAGAAUAUAACUAAAUCAAAUAAAACUUUUAAUAAAGUUUGAUUUAAUUUAGUCCUAUUCUGUAAAUUUGUUACAAUGAUGACUUAAUCCUGUGGUUGAAAUUCCACCCUCAAAACAACCUCUUUUUUUUCAAAUCCAAUGUGUUUUCCAUUUAGAUUCCUUGUCACAAUACAAUGACAAAUUACAUUGAAACAACGUUGAUUCAACCAGUUUGUGCCCAGUGGGAUGUGUUUACAUUCAAACAUUAUCUCAAACUCCACCAGUUACAACAAGAGAACUAAGACUCUUUAUUUUUGACCAACCAUGAAUCAAUUAUUCGACAAUUAACUUAGAGCAUUAAAACUCAUCCUGUGAAUCAAUGCCAGUUUUGGGUGAUAGUUGAUUGCCAGAAAAUAUUAUCUUGGGAUUGAAUGUAAAAUGUUUCAAAACCACACCAGGUUCAACACCAUCCCCAUCGUGAAGUUCAUGAGCUACCUGGUGUCCCACGUCUUUCUCCUGGCCCUCUUCAUCCUCACCAUCGUCUACCCCCCGCUGUGUCCCAUCCACCUGGGUCACCUGCUGCCCUGCUGGAAUGAGUGGCUGCUGCUGGCCUGGCUGGGGGGCAUGCUGGUGUCUGAGCUCACCCAGCCAGGGGAGCGCCAGGGCCUAGCCUGGAUCCGAGUGCUCGUCCUGGGCUUCUCCGCCGCUGCCUUCCUCUGCCACCUCCUGGCCCUGGUUCUCCAGCUCUGGCCCCCCUCCCAUCUCCACUGCCUGUUCGCCCGGAACGUCCUACUAGCCGUGGCCAUGACUCUAGGCUUCGUCCAGCUGCUGGAGUUCCUGACCUUCCACCACCUGUUCGGCCCCUGGGCCAUCAUCAUCAGGUGAGAGAAGAUCAGUGGAGAAAAAUACAACUAUACAAGUAGGCUAUUCACUAGGUAGGAGCAGAUCAACAUGUCAGCAGGACUGAUAUUGCAACACGUUUCAACCAAACAGGUCUUCCUCUGCUCCUAUAGUGUAUUCAGAAAGUAUUCAGACCCCUUGACUUUUUCCACAUUUUGGUACGUUACAGCCUUAUUCUAAAAUGGAUUAAAUAGUUUUUUCCCUCAUCAAUCUACACACAAUACCCCAUAAUGACAAAGCAAAAAAAGGUUUUUAGAAAUGUGUGCACAUUUAUUAAAAAUAAGAAACGGAAAUAUAACAUUUGCAUAAGUAUUCAGACGCUUUACUCAGUACUUUGUUGAAGCACCUUUGGCAGCGAUUACAGCCUCGAGUCUUCUUGGGUAUGACGCUACAAGCUUGGCACACCUGUAUUUGAGGAGUUUCUCCCAUUAUUCUCUGCAGAUCCUCUCAAGCUCUGUCAGGUUGGAUGGGGAGCGUCGCUGCAGUUAUUUUCAGGUCUCUCCAGAGAUGUUCGAUCGGGUUCAAAUCCUGGCUCUGGCUGGGCCACUCAAGGACAUUCAGAGACUUGUCCCGAAGUCACUCCUGCGUUGUCUUGGCUGUUUGCUUAGAGUCGUUGUCCUGUUGGAAGGUGAACCUUCACCCCAGUCUGAGGUCCUGAGCGCUCUGGAGCAGGUUUUCAUCAAGGAUCUCUCUGUACUUUGCUCCAUUCAUCUUUCCCUCGAUCCUGACUAGUCUCUCAGUCCCUGCCGCUGAAAAACAUCCCCACAGCAUGAUGCUGCCACCACCAUGCUUCACCGUAGGGAUGGUGCCAGGUUUCCUCCAGACGUGACGCUUGGCAUUCAGGCCAAAGAGUUUGAUCUUGGUUUCAUCAGACCAGAGAUUCUUAUUUCUCAUGGUCUGAGAGUCCUUUAGGUGCCUUUUGGCAAACUGAGGAGUGGCUUCCGUCUGGCCACUCUACCAUAAAGGCCUACUUGGUGGAGUGCUGCAGAGAUUGUUGUCCUUCUGGAAGGUUCUCCCAUCUACACCUCACUGACCAAGGCCCUUCUCCCCCGAUUGCUCAGUUUGGCCGGGCGGCCAGCUCUUCCAUUUCAGAUGUAUGGAGGCCACUGUGUUCUUGGGGACCUUCAAUGCUGCAGAAAUGUUUUGGUACCCUCCCCCAGAUCUGUGCCUCGACACAAUCCUGUCUCGACCUCAUGACUUGAUUUUUGCUCUGACAUGCACUGUCAACUGUGGUACCUUACUGUGGUACAGGUGUGUGCCCUACCAAAUCAUGUCCAAUCAAUUGAAUUUACCACAGGUGGACUCCAAUCAAGUUGUAGAUCAAUGGAAACAGGAUGCACCUGAGCUCAAUUUUGAGUCUCAUAGCAAAGGGUCUGAAUACUUACAUAAAUAAGGUAUUUCUGUAUUUUAUUUGUAAUAAAUUAGCAAAAUAAAAUUUUAAAAACUGUUUUUGCUUUGCCGUUAUAGGGUAUUGAGUGUAGAUUGAUGAGGAAACAUUUGUAUUGAAUCCAUUUUAGAAUAAGGCUGUAACGUAACAAAAUGUAGAAAAAGUCAAGGGGUCUGAAUACUUUCCGAAUGCACUGUACCUCUGUAAAUAUGUUGUUAUUGUUCACUUAAGUAUUAUCUGCAAUAAUAAGGCCUCCUGUUUGUUUUUUUUGGCUUACAUCCUCAUCAGAGACCUGAUGAAGGAUCUGGGAAGGUUUGCCGUCAUCCUGGCACUCUUCCACACCGCCUUCACCAUGAGCCUGUGUGCUGUGUGCCAGCCCGUUUACCCGCUCGGUCAGUAUUACAAUGUCACCUUGGUGAGGCAGGAGACAGGAGGCCACACCCCUCUGGAGGUGUCAGUCCUGCUCUUCUUCGCCCUCUUCGGCCUGACGGAGCCUGAGGACAUGCCUGCGUUGGUGCGCUCACCCCCGGCCGCCGGCGUUGUGGCCCACCUGGUGUUUGGCAUCUACCUGGUGGUGACGGUAAUCGUGCUGAUCAACCUGCUCAUCGCCAUGAUGAGUGACACCUAUCAGCGCAUUCAGGCCCACUCAGACACUGAGUGGAAGUUUGGCCGGGCCGUGCUCAUACGGGACAUGAGUAGGAAGUCAGGCACGCCGUCUCCAUUCAACCUCUUCACCAACCUCUUCUUUUAUGCCAAGGUGCUUUGCAAACAUCGAGGUGAGUUUCAUACUAGUGUUCCUACCUUGUUCAGGGAAUUCAUAGAUUCAAUAUUGGCAGUUUGAACCACUACAAAUGAUUGUUUCCCAAGGAGGCAAAACAUGAGUGUAGCAUGUGUAAUGCUACAUCAUGUAUCAGAUAUACACUGAGUGUACAAAACAUUAUGAACACCUGCUCUUUCCAUUACAUAGACUGACCAGGUGAAUCCAGGUGAAAGCUAUGAUCCCUUAUUGAUUUAACUUGUUAAAUCCACUUCAAUGAAGGGGAGGAGACUGGUUAAAUAAGUAUUUUUAAGGCUUGAGACAAUUGAGACAUGGAUUGUGUAUGUGUGCCAUUCAGAGGAUGAAUGGGCAAGACAAAAUAUUUAAGUGCCUUUGAAUGGGGUAUGGUGGUAGGUGCCAGGCACACCGGUUUGUGUCAAGAACUGCAGCGCUGCUGGGUUUUUCACGCUCAACAGUUUCCUGUGUGUAUCAAGAAUGGUACACCACCCAAAGGAAAUCCAGCCAACUGACAACUGUGGGAAGCAUUUGAGUCAACAUGGGCCAGCAUCCCUGUGGAACGCUUUCGACACCUUGUAGAGUCCAUGCCCCGACAAAUUGAGGCUGUUCUGAGGGCAAAAGGGGGGGUGCAACUCAAUAUUAGGAAGGUGUUCUUAAUGUUUUGUACACUCAGUAUGUGUGUUAUGUAUGACCCCCCAGGUAAGAUCUGCUCUGCGGAGGGCCGGGACCUGAUGACUGAAGAGGAGGAUGCAGAGGGUCUGCCUGGGCCUGACUCCCGCUCUCUGGACAUGCUAGCUCACACCACCUUGGGCUGGAUGAGGACCAACAAGAGGACACAGAUCCUACCUGAGGGUGAGGGCCUGAUUGUACUGAUCCAUUUCAAUUCACUGAUUCAAAUGAUUGAGAUUCACAUAUUUAAUUAAUUUCAAUUAAUUUCAAUUAACUGUUCAAACUAAUCAUUUGGUGAUUUGGUAAAUGUGUUCUAAUACGAUCUGAUACGUACAUGCAUGGCACGUGAAAAAAAGACAUGUUUGAGCAUCUUACAUUCUUGAUUCUCAUCAAUAAAAGUCCCAACAAACAUAGUUCCUACAUUAAAAAUCUUAAAGAAAUGUGCAGAUGUAUAUGAAGAGUAUGUUGCCUUGUUCUUAUCUUCUAAGCUCUCUCUAUGCCCCCCAGGUGGCCAGCCCCUCCCCUCCAGCUCCAGGCUGGCUGGCCAGGUGCGCGUGGAGCAAGUGACAGACUGGGCCGCGGUGGUCCAACGCUACCUGGCGCUGAGAGGACAGGGGGACAGAGCCAUGCAGGAGAGGGAUCCUGGGACAGACCCUGCCCAGCACCCUGACUGA